AUGGUCAAGAGUUACCACAUUUUGGACCCAGAAGGCGAUGUCAUCCUCGUCUUUCCUCAACAAGAUGCCACAGAUCGCGUCGGCAAGUUCAUUCUCAUUGACCUCACGCGUGAAAACCACCCUUUCGAAGACUCUGCGACUGUCGAAGCAGAAAUAGACAGCAUUUCUACCACCGUCGAAGGAGAAUGGUCAGAGCUAGACGGUGAGAAGGAAGGCGAAGACAAUGUUGAGGAAGAAUUACGCAGGGAAGCCGCCUCUUUAGAACCUCUGGCUAUCUCUCGUCCGCCCAAAAACCGAGAAGUACGCGUGCAGGUUUCCUCAAAACAUCUGUCCCUUGCAUCUCCUGUUUUCCACCGAAUGUUUAGGAGCUGGCGCAAAGAGACCGAAAACGCUCACACUAAUAAACGUAUCAAUAUAAACAAAGAGAUAUGGGAUCCUCAUGUUGUGUCGAUAUUGAUGAAUCUGAUUCAUGGGCACAUGCGGAAAGUUCCAAGACAUGUCAGCCUUGAGGAACUGGCAAAGUUUGGAGUCCUCGUUGAAUAUUUCGAAUGCCACGAGAUCGCUGAAGUCUUUACGGAUAUGUGGGUCGAUCAUCUGAAAGAGGAGAUUCCGUUCUCAUCACCAGGCGAUACCAUGCGCUGGAUUCGGAUAUCAUGGGUUUUUCGCAAACCGGCCGAAUUUCGUGCUGCCACACGUCUCGCAGUGAUGGAGACCAAGGGACCACUCGCUGCUCAGACUCUACCAAUCCCGAGAAGAAUACUUGAUCGAGCGGCGUCGUGA